AUGCCACCUCCCGCGACGCAGACAGGCGGCCAAGCUCCGCCUCCUUCGAUAACCCCCCGCGAAUUGGCAAAACACUCUAUUAACACGAAAGAUGUACAGUCUACACAGCUCGUUGGUUCUGAGGGACAGUCGCCACGGCAUGGUCGCCAGAGACUCGUAUUCACCGAUCCGGUUGCCCUCCGAUAUCUCGAAGAGGAUAAUGAAGCAGAUUUGCUAGGUCGACGCUUGACUUUAGAAGGAUAUGAGGCAUUCAUUGUUGAACAAUGGGCCUGCACGCGCAUGCACCCCACCUUCAUAAUAACCACCUAUACGGGGGAUCCUUCGCACAAGGUCGUGGUGGGGGUGCUGAGCGUCCCCACAGACGAGUCUAGGUGGUCGCCCCGUAUGAAGAUGUACUUCGACGCAGUCAGGCAAUGCCAGGCGCGGAAAAAGGAAACGCCAUUGGGGACACUUAUGGUUACCGACCUGAACGAGUUCCCAUUGGCACUGACUCUCAUUCCGGUACCCGACGGUGAUGUUCUGAAACACAAGGAGGAUUUUAUUGUGAAUGAAAACCUGAAACGGUUGGGCUGUUCAGGCCGCUCUGGUUUAAAGCUACAACCGCCCUCACCCGCUACCGAGGGGAAGUUCCAUCACCUUUACCGAACGAGCGAAAAGGUGCCUCUAUACACUGCCGUCAUAGAGCUUGUGAAGCAAUGCCAGAUCGCUCUGAUGAUGUUUGGCAAUCUUGCUCCAGAGUACGUUGACGGACUGCUCUGUGAUGUCACAGAAGCGGCCAUAAAUGAUUGGUGGACCGAGACGGGUAUGGACUUAUACAACAUUGAACCGAGUGAUUCCAUGUUGGGUCCUAUCUCAGUAGCCGCGCUAUUGGGUACACUCAUGGGGGCGCGAAAUCGGCUGCAUGCUUUCGGCGCUCCGGUGGGUAAGGAUGCGUUUGAUAUUGAUAACCUGACGAAAGGCAUCGGAAGCUUUCAAAAAUCACAGAAACUGAAACGUACCCGAAUAUUAGAUCGACAGACCUUAGAUCGCCUGCACCGGGUGACAGCGAAAGCUGCGAAUGCAGAAGGCUGGACCGAUGCCGUGAAAUCAACCAUGGCAGAACUAAGCGGACACGGGGGAGAGAUGGUCAUGGGAAUGGUCCGGGGCCGUGAAAAAGGCGGGAUAGCUGAUAUCGAGACCCUCGAUAUCGAUAACUUUGCACACCUGGUCACCGGUGAACGAGCAAAAUGGCUGUGGAGGGGAAAGCCGCGAAAGGGCGGCAUUGACGACAAUGCACAGAGGAGGCCGCCAGAAUCAGCAUCGUCCUUAGAUGAGAAAGACCAAAAUCUGGGCCGGUUAGUCCGAAAAGGGGUGAGCGAGAAAGUGUCAGACGCGCGGGCAGGAUUUGGCCGGUUCAAGGAUGCAGUAGGCCUCCGGUCCCAUCCCCAGAAGCACUCUAGGGAUGACAUAGACCUUGGCGGUGCCUCUACUCAUUUGUCACCCAUCGAUAGCGACACAGAGGUGUCUCAGUCGAAGAAAUCAGAUGGUGGUGCUCCAGUCGGAUCCGUGGAUGUGCAGGACCAUGAAGGUCAGGCCCCGAAGGAUGACUCGCAGGUUGAAUCUCCCCCAAGGACGAUAUUGCCGCAAUCACCCAAAUCAAGAGCGCCAGCCAUAACCGUAGAAACGGUUCCAUCCCAGGCUGAUUCGGAAUCGUCGCGUAAGGUGUCAGUACCCCGAACAGAUGACGAAGCGCAGGACCUUGAGCGCUGGAGGACACUCUCCACCGACAUUACCGUCGAUCCUCGGGAGCAGACAUCUGAAGUUGGUAUUAUGCUGCUGCGUCGACCGCAGAGCUGCACUGAACUGAACGUGGCGAGUGACUCCAGUCGUCUUGAUAACUACUGGCCUCGCCAUCUGUCCUUCAGCACUGUCGAAGAGGUGGUGCUGGGAUGGAAGGAUUUGGGAGGUGAGGCUUUCAAAGAGAAGCCCGAUACUCUUCUGGAUGAGGCCAUCAUGCAAGAAGACAUUCUGGCCUCAGAUGCACGAAUCUUCAGCUCACGUAUCCAGGAGCUUAGUGAGCACACUGUGCCUUGGGUCGAGCAGCAAGUGUCCUCUGUAGAUGAUCUUAGCCGGUGUUUACACGAGAGCCGCGAAAAGGUCAACGCUGCCUACCUGGAACGGCUGUCAAUCUUUGAGCAGAUGAGAGCUAGGUCGAGCGACCUGUUGACGGAAGAGCACAGCCAACUCACCGAUUACAUGAGGAGGGUCGAACUGAUGGGCGCGAAGCUGGACUACGAGCUCCAUGUUCUGGAUUCACGUGUCGAGGAUGUCGAAACCAACCUCGACGAGUUCGAACGGCAUGUAAAUGCCAUCGAAAACAGAGUCAAGCUGCUGAUACGGGGCGAGCACGAAAAGCAGGACAAUUCCUGGUUCUCCUGGGUUAGGAGACUUACCGGAUGCUCGACACAGUGA